AUGUCGAUUCAACGCACAGCUGAAUCGGCUUUACAUGCACUUCAAGAACUUUAUAAUGCAAUUGAUUCAUCAAGUCAACAACAAAGUUCAAUGUCAGUUAACGAUAGCGAAAAUCUUGUUCAAGCUCUUUGUAAUCUUUCACAACUUAUCAAUCAUAUUAAUCAGACAGGCAUGUGUAGACAUACACCUAUAAUGCAUACAAAUUUAGAUUCAAAACGAUUUGGUCAAAAAAGAAUAAACACAUUCAUCGCUCCUCAUCUAACUAGCAGUUAUGAUAAAAAUAUAAUGAUGGAUUCAGCAACAAUUAGACCAUCAUUACAGCCUGGACAAUCUUAUGGUGAAUGUGUUUUGUAUCAUCCUAUUCGUAUAAUAACGACUUGUGCUGAUGGAUCUACUGUAUUUCAUGAAAAUGAUUUCGUAAAAAAAGAAGGACAAUAUCGAAAAGAUCAUGAUCAUAGCAAACCAAGUCAAUCACGUGAUCGUAGCUCACGUGCAAGUCAUCGAUCAUCUCGUUAUUCGCGAAGCUCAAAAAGUCGACAUCGACAAUCACAAAGCCAUGGACGUAGAAGUCGAUCAAGUCAAAGAGGAAGUCGACAAUCUCGUUCAAGUCAACGUGAAGAAAUUAUAGGAAAAAAUUUUAAUUGA